AUGGAAUUCUUGGAUUUGGGGACUCAGCUCAUUGUCCCACAAGCCGCACAAAACGGUGAAGAGGACUUGUCCCGCGAGGUUAGUGGCACGCAGAAUGACCGAGCAUCAGCACCUGGUGAACGACCAGACCACGGCUCUGGUCCGCGCGGAAGGAGAACCAGGGGCAGCAGGGCGUCGAAUUUCGCGGACGGAGUGGGUGACCCCAGCGCUCGAAUUCCAGAAUUGGCAGUCGAUUUUGCGCACGAAUACCGGCGUCUGUUUGAUGUGGCAAUAAAAGCUGGUGAGCCAUUGGCUUCGACAAGGAAAAGGACCGAGCAAAGAACUUCUUCGUCGUCUAGUGGUGCCAAAAAUGAUAAAGAAGUUCUACAGAGGAAAAAUAAAAAUCCCCCGCCGGCUUCUUCGCGCAGCACUCGGCCGGUCUUGAUCUCCGUCCUUUCUGUCGACGGCAGCGAGGAAAUACGCACCGCUGUUCCGGAGAACGCCACCGUCGAAGAUGUUUUGCGGGAAAUCGCAGCGGAAACUUUUGGCGCAAAAAUUCUUCCCAUCGCCUUGGACUGGAGCCCGGACCGGUCGGCGCAAUUCGCUUUUCCAAGAAACGCACCCGCUGUGGACUGCGGAUUCAAGGGGAGGCUGCAUCUAAACUACCGGCGCCUCUUGCUCGAGAUGCGAAAACCGACACAGCUAGCACAAGUAGACUCGCGUGCACAUCGUCGCCGAGCUCCCUUUUCAGCUGCGGCAAAAGCAGCGAGCGACGCGGAUCACGUAGACACUGAUGUUGACGAGCUUUUCCCGGAGGCGGUUCCAGACAGGGUGUCGAACAGCAGAAGCAGCACCGCUCAACAGCAUCAAGUGCCACCAGCAAUUCGGUUUCUGUUCCACGCAAAACCCCCUCGAGGGGGCGAGGAAGACGAACAGCGAACCGCGGACGCUUUUUUUGCCCCAUAUUUUCAGCUCGCCGUGAGUACUUUGGCUAGUACGGAAAUCAACGGAUUUUUGUCCAGGAAGCACAACAGCAGCCUGCUCCAGCAACUUGUGAAAAAAGCGUACGUGCCCGCCGCCGCGUGCCAGGCCUUGCUACAAAGCGAGGCGCUCUCGCUGGCGUACUUGCACCACCGCGACAGCUACGGCUGCACUCUGCUGCACAUUUUGCUGUCGAAGAAAGAAAUUACUGGCAAGAAAGCGGGUCGUGGUGGUUCUGGAACAGAAGCACAAGAAGCUGGAGCAACUACGUCAAGCAGCGAGGACCUGCAGAUCAUUUUAGAGGACAAACAGGUGACUUCGCUUCUCGCCAGCGUCGUCGAAGCGACUCAACGGAUCCUUCGCAGUGAAGAACACGGCGAAGCGAAAGCUACGGUGCUGCUCAAGACCUUAUUCGCGGCGACAGACAAGCAGAACCGGACCUGUUUACAUUUCGCGGCGGAAAGAAUCACUGAUGAUUUUAUUCACGGUGCUGAACCCGGAGGUGGUUUGAUUGUCCUUGAUCACUUGCUAGCGGCGUUGUCCGAGUUUCUGGAACCGGCGGAGCUCUGUGCUGUGCUGUGCCAACGGGAAUACCUUACGGGAAAAACGUACUGAAAAAAAAUUUUAUUUGUCACUAAUGCGCACACAUACUCGGUAACGCGCGGCAGGGGCUUGCUUGGUUCUUCUUCUUCGUGUUUUGCUUCUGAUGUGGUCUUCAUGAAAUUCAUUUUGACGGACCGGGACCACGUCCUCUGCUCUAGUAUCCGCCAAAAAAAAACUGCACAGGUUUCUUCACAUGAUGGUGGAGGCGCUGCACAAGGGUUCGGUAGUUGGCGUCGACAAGAGGAGCACGAAUAACGGACCAGGAUCAUUAACAGCGCCAGCAUUAAGCUCCGCCUUCAAGACCUUAAGCAUUCUCCUGUCAGAAGAUGCCACCUCAGACGCCGUCAUCGGUGAGCAACUGCUGGCCAUCCAAGACAAGGAUCAGAACGCGACCGCGCUGAUUGACGCCGCGCGCUGGAACGAAGCGGCGCUUGUGAAAAAUCUCUUGCUGAUCGAGGUACAAACCCCCGCCCCGCUGCUUCUACAGGACAAGUUCGGAAACUCCGCGCUGCACUACGCUGCUUACCACGGGAAUAUGCAAGCCGCAGCGCCGAUCCUGGAGGUGCUGAGCAGGACAAAUACUUCUAGCACGAUGACCAGCGGGCUCUCGUUGAAGCACCUCAUGCUGGAGACCACGAACAUCGACGGGCACAGCUUCGUAUGGAUUGUAAAAAUGUAUGGGUCUGGAAGAUUCUGAGACUUGUCAUGCACGGUUUGCAUGAGCCAUGAUGUCUGUGAUGCAUGCCCUAGCAUCACAAUUUUUCUACGGGGUUCUUGAUGCGUAUACCGCAUGACAAACGCCCUCUCCGCGUAGCAAAAAUUGGGCUCCUUUUGCUGCUCAUGCAACACAAAUUUUUUAGACAUCCAAAUGCAGCAUCACAAGUUGCAUUCUUCCAGACCCAGACAUGUUUGCAUUCCAUACUUCGUGGAGGUAGCGCAGAGUCGCCGGAUGUACGGGUUUCUGCAGAAGCUCGCGCGCGAGUUUCCGGAGUUUUUCCCGGGUGGGAAAGGAAAUCUGUUCGAGGUGUACCGGAAAAUCAACCGAAAAACUGCGUCCGCUGUGGAGUCGGUCCUUGCUCCGACGGAGGACGAACGCGCGAUGUACCUGGAACAAGAUUCUAGGCUGCCGAAUCCGAUGAAAUCAGGGAGCAAGCACGACUCGUCUCUGACCUUAUCUUUGCUCUCCUCGCGGCAAAAUCGUAUCACGCAGUGAAACGAACCAAAUGAGAGAUGAAAAAUAAUGAACUCUGAGCACCAGUGUGCGACACGACAAGCGGAGUGCCCGCCCGCUGCACGCUACGCGUGAAGUGACCUGGGCUGAUGCUUCGUUCUAGAAGUGUGUUCACUUUCUGUAGACUGCGUCUUGUUGUUCUGGUUUGCGGAGCACGUACGUCCUUGAGCGAGUAAGUAGAAGUGGAG